AUUACCCUAUGAGGUACCCUUUGGUACACGAAAAAGGACGGGAUGUCCACUCUUAGGUUUCUCUCUGGUUAUACUGUGACGGCAGUGUGCAGUGAAAAUAGAGAAGGAUUGGGCAUGAUUUAUAUUUAGAUCAUUCAGAUAAAUUUACAUAUCGAUAUAACACGAUAAAGUAAAAUUCGCGAUAAAAUCUUGAGAAAACUCUAAAAAGAUACGAAAACAAAUAUGUCAGACCCGGAACUUGAAGCGUUACGACAGCAACGUCUGGCUCAACUGCAAGCUCAGUACAAAGGUAACAAUGUCAACGAUAAACAAGCGAUGGAAGAGAGAAUGCAACAAAUGGAAGAGAUGAAGCAUGCUAUAUUAACCCAAGUGUUGGAUCAGUCAGCUAGAGCAAGAUUGAAUACACUUUGCCUUGGAAAGCCUGAGAAGGGCAAAAUGGUGGAAGAAAUGCUUUUGAACAUGGCACAACGUGGACAACUACCUGGCAAACUUGGAGAGAAAGAACUAAUCAAUUUACUCGAAAAUGUGAAUCAACAAACGCAAAGGAAGACAACAGUCAAAUUUGACAGGAGAAGAGCAGCUAUGGAUUUCGACGAUGAUAUGGACUUGUAGCAAUUGUAUAAAUUUUA